GUUUCUCCUUGUUGUUGUGCUGACAUCUGACUAAGGUAAGCGCUCGCAUGGCAAAGAGCACUGUAGCCGCCGACGUCGACGUCGGCGCCAAUCUAAAGCCAAAAGUUAAUGGCUUAAUAGGCAACGGCGACACGGCUGUAUUCUCAGAUACAGCAACAACAACAACAACAACUACUACGGAGCAGCAAAUGGAACUACUGCAGGACGGACUGAGCUGCAGUGAACUAUUUCAAAAUGGCGAGGGCCUCACCUACAACGACUUUCUCAUAUUACCGGGCUACAUAGACUUCGCCGCUGAGGCAGUCGAUCUCAGCUCUCCGCUAACCAAGGGCAUCACGCUCUGCGCCCCGUUAGUCAGCUCGCCCAUGGACACGGUAACCGAAUCUGACAUGGCCAUAGCCAUGGCGCUGUGUGGUGGCAUUGGAAUCAUCCAUCACAACUGCACGCCGGAGUACCAAGCGUUGGAGGUGCACAAGGUUAAGAAAUACAAACAUGGCUUUAUGCGCGAUCCGUCGGUGAUGUCGCCGACCAAUACCGUUGGCGAUGUGCUCGAGGCCCGUCGCAAGAACGGCUUCACCGGCUAUCCCGUCACCGAGAAUGGCAAGCUUGGCGGCAAGCUGCUGGGCAUGGUCACAUCCCGGGACAUCGACUUCCGUGAACAGCAGCCGGACGUUCUGCUGGCGGACAUUAUGACCACGCAGCUGAUAACCGCACCCAAUGGCAUCACUCUGCCGAUGGCGAACGCCAUUCUGGAGAAGAGCAAAAAGGGCAAGCUGCCCAUUGUGAAUCAGGCUGGCGAGCUGGUCGCCAUGAUCGCGCGCACCGAUCUGAAGAAGGCGCGUUCGUAUCCGAACGCCUCCAAGGAUUCCAAUAAGCAGCUACUGGUCGGCGCCGCCAUUGGCACGCGGCCCGAGGACAAGGCCCGACUACAUUUGCUCGUGGCGAAUGGCGUCGAUGUCAUCAUACUGGACUCAUCCCAGGGCAAUUCCAUUUAUCAAGUCGAGAUGAUCAAGUUCAUCAAGGAGACCUAUCCCGAUCUUCAGGUCAUUGGCGGCAACGUGGUAACACGUGCCCAGGCCAAGAAUCUGAUUGAUGCUGGAGUGGAUGGACUGCGCGUGGGCAUGGGCUCCGGCUCGAUAUGCAUCACGCAGGAGGUCAUGGCCUGUGGCUGCCCGCAGGCGACGGCCGUUCAUCAGGUGUCGACGUUUGCCAAGCAGUUCGGCGUGCCGGUGAUUGCGGAUGGCGGCAUUCAAUCGAUUGGGCACAUUGUGAAGGCCUUGGCUUUGGGCGCCAGCGCCGUGAUGAUGGGCUCCCUGCUGGCGGGCACCUCGGAGGCGCCCGGUGAGUACUUCUUUUCAGAUGGCGUGCGCUUGAAGAAAUAUCGCGGCAUGGGCUCCCUGGAGGCAAUGGAGCGCGGCGAUGCCAAAGGAGCGGCCAUGUCCCGUUACUAUCACAACGAAAUGGACAAAAUGAAGGUGGCCCAAGGCGUCAGCGGCAGCAUCGUCGACAAGGGCUCCGUGCUACGCUAUCUGCCCUACUUGGAGUGCGGCCUGCAGCACAGCUGCCAGGACAUUGGCGCCAUUUCCGUUAGCAAGCUGCGUGAGAUGAUCUACAAUGGGCAGCUGCGCUUCAUGAAGCGCACCCAUUCGGCCCAGCUGGAGGGCAAUGUGCACGGCCUUUUCAGCUAUGAAAAGCGUCUCUUCUAACAUACAAACAGUGCUGCAGCGCCGCCCGCUGUUGCCAGUCAGUAUCAACAGCAGCUGCAGCACGCCUCAGCAACAGCAACACAUAAACAACACCAACAACAACAGCAGCAGCAGCAGCAGCAGCAACAGCAACGUCUCCUUUACCGCGCAGCAGACGACUUCGGGCGAGUCCUGAGCAGCGAGCGAGGAGCUGGUUUAAAGCGUCAUAUGCCCCACGAUGGCAGUUGCCAACCUUUUCCACGAUUUACUUAAUUGUUAAGCUACUUAAAGAGACAGAGAAAGAGAGAGGGAGAGCGAGCGAGAGCGCGAGAGAUGGAUGCAGGUACAAAAAUCGUACGGAUUAAACAAAUUUCGAAUAUUGGCAAAUCUGCAAACUUUUUGCAAUAAUUGACCAUAACCCAAUAUGUAGUACAACAUAUUUAAUUUCGAUGUACUCACACAGAUAUAUAUAUAUAUACACACACAUACUAUAUCUAUAUACCAAUAUACUAAUGUUGUGU